CCCCCCCCCCCUGCCCGCCACUGUUGUUUAUCCAAAUCGCUUUGCGUUGAUCGUACUGUUGUCCUUGCCAAGACAAAUAUUUCCUGAUUGUUAUUUACUCUUGUUUUCGUCUGGAUUUUCCUCGUAGCAAUUUGUUUCCAUUCUCUAAUCCGCUAGACAGGAGAUAGUGUCACAAUAUCAUGGGUGGAGGCGACUUGAAUUUAAAAAAGUCAUGGCAUCCUCACACCAUGAAAAAUCAGGAGCGAGUGUGGAAAGCAGAACAGAAGGACAGCGAAGAGAAAAGAAGGAUUGCAGAAUUGCAAAGAGAGAUUAAUGCGGAGCGUGAUAAAGAAGAGAUGCAAAAGUUUGCUGAAGAUGCUGGAGUUUUAAAGAAAAAAGAUGAUGUGAAACUAGAGUGGAUGUAUAAAGGACCUAGUAAGUCUAUCAAUCAUGAGGAUUACUUACUGGGUAAAGCUAUUGAUAAGAAUUUUGAGAGGUACAACAAUGAGCAAAGAGGCGGACCAUCACAAGAUGAAGAAAGUUUACCGGAUGCAGUACGACAGGCUAAGAGCAGUAUGUUCAGUGAGCAAGUUGAUAUUCAACGAAAAAUGCAUGAAGACCCUCUAAUGGCAAUUAGACAGAGAGCUGUUGAAAAGGCAAAAGAACUGUACAACAACCCAGUCAGACUAAAGCAAAUUCGAAAGAUGGUUUCAAAAUCCGAAGAGAAGAGUCACAAAAAGGAUAAGAAAAAGAAGAAGAAAAAGAGCAAGAAGUCAAGUAAGAAAGAUGAGGAGGAGAAAGAGCUUGAUGCUCUUUUGACAGCAAAGUUAAAAAAUGCUUUAAAGGACAGUGAAUUAUUUCGCAAGCUGAAAAAAAAGUCUCGUCGAAGUAAUAGUGAAAGUAGUAGCAGUAGCAGUAGUGACAGUGAUGGAAGUGAAGAAGAGCAAUCAAACUCAAAGAAUAGGAAGUUGCAUAGCAGUCCCUCUAGAAAAGAAAUCGAUCACUAUAAAAGAUCUACUUCUCCUCAAGAUAAAAAGCAAAGGCGUGGCAAAUUUAACUAUGAUGACAGGGAGGAAAGGAAACACCCUAAAAGCCCUAGGUCAUUUGACAGGAGAGACUCUCGUGAACAUCCUAGGAAGAGAAGCAGAUCAAGGAGCAGAGAUAUGGACAGACCAUCUAGAAAAAAAGAUAAUUCAUCCGGUUAUAUUGACAAAACUUCUGAUGGAAGGAAGAGGUAUGCAAGUCAAGAAGCAAGUGGCUCAAGAAAAAAAGAAGCUUUUCCAGGAAGAAAAGAGAGUUACAGAGAUAGAUCGUCUAGUGCAAGUGAUAAUGAUGGGAAAAAAAGACAUAGUCAAGAUUUCAGAUCAAAGAAAAAGGACAUUUCUCCUGAGAAAAAGAAAGGUUUUAGAGAUAGAUCAUCCAGUGCAAGUGAUAAUGAUAGGGAAAAGAUUACCACGCAGAAAGUCAGCAAGAGAUAUCAUUCUGAUAGUGAUGGUGCUGAUGAUUCGGAUGACAACAAGUCUCGAAGAAAAAUGACUUUCGGGCUUAUGAUGGCUGAUGGAUCAAAACCAGUUGUGAGGCAAAAUCCUGUUCAACAAGAGGUAAAAGCAGCACAAUCUCAACAGCAGAAACCUAUUCCAUGGCAGAAAAAGGAAAGAGUGAAGCUUACUGAGGAGGAAAAGGAAAGAAGGCGAAAUGAAAUGCUCAACAAUGCUGCUUGGCGGGAUAAAGAGCGUGAAGAAAAUGUGAAACGUUAUAGGAAAGAAGAGGCUCAAGAAAAGAAACAAUUGCAUGAAAACUUUGAUGAUGACUUUGCAAGAAAGCAGUUUUCAAGAGCUACUGAUCAGGCCUCCAUUGAAGGAAGAAUCAAGUCUAAACUGAACACUAUACAACGUUCAAAAAUGGCAAUGGAUCAGAACUUUGCUAGACGUUAAAUUAUUCUAAUUUUCCAUUAUUAUUACUUUUAAUUGACAAGUACCAAAAUUGGAGUGUUUACUGUACCUGAAGAUGUAGGUAAGCAAAUUAUAAUUUUUAUUAAAUGUU